UUUGGCAUCUGAAGACGAGGAGCGGCUGGUGCGAGAUCUUUUUCGGGACUACAACAAGCUGAUCCGGCCCGUGGAAAUAAUGAACAUGACGGUGGAAGUGCAGUUUGGGUUGUCAUUCAUCCAGCUCAUCAACGUGAACGAGAAGAAUCAAAUCAUGACGUCCAACGUGUGGCUGCAGCUGGUCUGGACCGACUACCAGCUCAAAUGGGACGAGGCGGACUACGGCGGCAUUUCGGUGCUGCGGCUGCCUCCGGACAAGGUCUGGAAGCCGGACAUCGUGCUCUUCAACAACGCGGACGGCAACUACGAGGUGCGCUACAAGUCGAACGUGCUCAUCUACCCGAGCGGCCAGGUGAUGUGGGUGCCGCCGGCCAUCUACCAGAGCUCGUGCACCAUCGACGUGACGUACUUCCCGUUCGACCAGCAGAAGUGCGUGAUGAAGUUCGGCUCGUGGACGUUCAACGGCGACCAAGUGUCCUUAAAGCUGUAUAACGACAACUACUGGGUGGACCUGUCCGACUACUGGAAGAGCGGCACCUGGGACAUCGUGGAGGUUCCGGCGUUCCUCAACCGGCACAACAACAGCAAGCAGCAGCGGCCCACGGAGACGGACAUCUCCUUCUACAUCACCAUCCGCCGCAAGACGCUCUUCUACACGGUCAACCUGAUCCUGCCCACGGUGCUCAUCUCGUUCCUCUGCAUACUGGUCUUCUACCUGCCGGCCGAGGCCGGCGAGAAGGUGACGCUGGGCAUCUCCAUCCUGCUCUCGCUCGUCGUCUUCCUCCUGCUCGUCUCCAAGAUCCUGCCGCCCACGUCGCUGGUGCUGCCGCUGAUCGCCAAGUACCUGCUAUUCACUUUCCUCAUGAACACCAUGUCGAUCCUGGUGACGGUGAUCAUCAUCAACUGGAACUUCCGCGGCCCGCGCACGCACCGCAUGCCCAACUGGAUCCGCGUCCUCUUCCUCAAGUACCUGCCGGCCAUGCUGCUCAUGAAGCGGCCGCACAAGACGCGCCUGCGCUGGAUGAUGGAGAUGCCGGGCGUCGGCAUGCACCACUACCACCCGCGGCCCCCACCACAGCGCACGCCCGCCGUGCCGCCGCCGCCCCCUCCGCCGCCCGCGGCCGCCAAGCACGGCAAGCACGAGUGCCUCGAGCUCGCCGACGUGCACCACCCGAACUGCACGCGCAAGGCGGCCGCCGCCGCGCCGGCCGCUGGCCGCCGGGACUCGGUGGACGGCCGUGACUCCGCCGCGGGCGACGUGCUCUACCUCAGCCCCGAGGCGUACCGUGCCACCGAGGCUAUCGAGUUCAUCGCCGAGCAUCUACGCUGCGAGGACGAGUACAUUCAGAUCCGCGAGGACUGGAAGUACGUGGCCAUGGUGAUCGACCGGCUGCAGCUGUACAUCUUCUUCGCGGUCACCACGGCGGGCACCGUGGGCAUCCUACUGGACGCGCCGCACAUCUUCCAGUACGUGGACCAGGACAAGGUCAUCGAGAUCCACCGCGGCAAGCCCACGUGAGCGGGCCCCCAAGCAUCUAUACGUACAGUCUCUUCUAUAUACUCGGACCAUAGGUCUAGGCGGACAAAAACACACGUGGCAUGUCAUGCUGCUGCGCGCGACUUUCGGGCCACACCUCAAAGUACUAUCUGGAAGUUGCCACUGAUUGCUCAAGACUGUGCUGCGCCCCGGGGGGACGAGAGACCGCCGCCGCUGCUGUGCGCCGCCCCCUCGACGAUGCGCUCAACGCGACACGACUAUGUUUGCAUUCGACGAGUAAAAAUGUUUGUUCUCUCA